AGGGGUAGAUAACAAGGCGACCACCAAAGGAGACAAAAAGGCAACUACAAAGAGAACCACAAAGGGAGCCAAAGGGAGCCUCCACAAUUCUCCUAUCCUCCUAAACCCCAAAAAACCUAGCAAGCAAAAAUGUAGAAUGGAGGAAGACCUAGUUGCCAUAAUCGCCAUUAUUCCCUUCCUCCCCGCAUCUCACACUUUCGGCUACCCUUCUAUCUCAUAUAGUCCCCAUAAAGAACCCUUAUUUGAUCCUUCCCCAAAAAUCCCCAAGACCACCUACGGUAUCAUCAUCCCAAUCUCCAUAAACCCUCUACCAAGAAACCCAUCGCCCCACCAUUGGCUAUCGUCAUUGCAACCCUCUCAAUAA